AUGUCAAACCAUUCCAACGAUUCAUUAGAUUCACUCUUUAACUACGAGCCGAGCCGUGCAUACGCCGAGGUGAAAGGUGUAACAGGAUCCUUCGAGGCGUCUAUCUCGCCGAGCCCUUCCAACCGUUUAUCCGAAAGCGACAAGGCGUCGAAUCGCUCAAGUCCGUCGGGCGCUCGCUCUCCAGAUGACGAGCCGUCGGUUUUGACGAGCCGCCCACAGGGUCCCGCUCACGAAGAUGUUAAUUAUGCCGCAGUGACAGCCGAGGAGGAAGCGUUUCCCUUUGAUCUGUUCGAGGUGAAGCGUGAAUUAAAACGUCUCAUGGGAUCCCGAGGUGCUUCUUCAUCUGGGCGAGGGAAGCGAGUGAAAAGACAAAAACCUGACCCGCCCGGCUCUACGCUCUCCUCCCCUGACUCACUCGAGGCGUUGAGAUGUCGUUUCGGGUUAUCCGAGGCGGUAGAGUUCGUCCUUACAGAGAAGAAUGACCGAGCCGACAAACCUCCUGAGAAUCACUUUACUCUGUUCGAGGCGUUCUUUGAGCUUUGUUUUCUCUGGUUCCCGAUCCCCGGAGUUAUCCUUGAGUACCUCUGGAAACAUGAGAUCUCAAUCGAGCAGAUCAAGCCGAGGGGUCUGCGGCACAUGAUUGAUAUUCUGGUUCGAAGUUUUGAAUGCGGGCUCGAUAUUGAACUGAAUCACCUGCUAAACUUGUUGGAGAUCAGAAAAGCUCCGAAAGGAGACAGAUUUUACAUCUCCAACAAGUCUAACCGCCGGAUCAUAGGAGGUUUUCCAAGCAAGGAUCAUUCGGAACAUUCUUCCCUUAAUUCCGACGACCUCUUUGUUGUCCGAGAUUAUCUUGCGGCUCGGAGAGUUAAUUGGAGGAAGCAGUUUACAUUCGAGAGAGUGGAAAGAGCACGAGCCAUUCUUGCCGGAGUUCCUGUUAGCUCUUCGUCUUCAAAUUCCUCACUAGACACAAGGGAGAAAAUGGUGAUCAUUACUCUUAGAGACAAGAAAAGGCGCGAAGAAGAAGAAGCUGCGAGACGAGGAGCUGAGGCGGCUCAAAUAGAGACCGAGGCUGUCCCUCAGGCCGAUCCGCCGAGCCGUGAAGGUGAAAGCACGGUCCGAGCCGCAGAGGCAAACGUUGCCGAGGCGACCGAGAAAGAAGCAGCGCCCGAGGUGGAACCGGGCAAAAUUAUUCCCGAGGCGCCCAAAGAUGACUCUGCGGCGCGGAGUAAAACUCCUUCAAACUCCGCUAUUCUGGCUCUUCCGAAGUCAUCGAGGCCCCCAACUUCGGCUUUAUAG